UAACAGCAAACAUGGCUCCGUUAACUUAGCACUGAAGCUAAUACUUCCGAUACAACUGUUGACCACUAAUGAGAAAUUGAUUCUGUAGAAAACACCGAGCAGCGGUAAUUACUCUUUUGACAUGUAUUUCUUCUGAGCAGGAUGUGACUGGGACCACAGUGGCUCGUUAAUGUUGUGUGUUGAUAACCUGGAGCCAGCCAGAGAGAUGACCCGUAAAAGAAGUGUGGUUUGGGGCUUUUUUAAAACCGUGGACUCAGAGUCGGUCCAGUGUCUGCUCUGCAGGGGCUACCAGUCCAGACAGGUUCAGGGCAGCACCACGGCCAUGCUGAGACAUCUGCGUGUCAAACACCCCAAGGAGGUCGCCAAGAAAUGUAAAGGGCGGGCUCCUGAAAAUAUCCCCACAAACGCUCAUCCAGAAGUGGAUACGGACAGUAAACAGUUCUGCUCCGUGGAAGUCUCACUGGAGGACGGAGACUCUGACAUCCAUACUACCAUGAAUGAAUCUGAUAUUAGUUCUGGUAUUAAUGGCAUCCUGGAAGCUGCACAAGGAGGUCCAGCAGAACAAGUAACACAUGGAGAGGCGAGCGAUGGCCGCCCCAUGAGACGUAGUCGGCACAAACGGAGCUUGAUCUGGAGGCACUACGAGCAUUUGGACAGUUUGAAUGCUGCUCGUUGCCGCAUUUGCAUGAAGAAGUUACAGUGCUUUGAAGGCGGCAGCACAAGCAACUUACAUCGGCACAUGUCGAAGAGACACCCGGAGGUGUUUUCUAGGUUAGUGACCGAUGGGCUUAACCCACCUCCAUCAUCACAGGGCUCAAAUGCUCAUGGUGACAAAUCAACCUCACCAGAGACUGCUGGGGCAACAGAGCAGAGACGGUUUACAGUUGAAGUUGCACUGGAGGACGGAGACUCUGAUAUCCAUACUACCAUGAAUGAAUCUGAUAUUAGUUCUGGUAUUAAUGGCAUCCUGGAAGCUGCACAAGGAGAUCCAGCAGAACAAGAACAAGUAACACAUGGAGAGGCGAGUGAUGGCCGCCCCAUGAGACGUAAUCGGCACAAACGGAGCUUGAUCUGGAGGCACUACGAGCGUUUGGACAGUUUGAAUGCUGCUCGUUGCCGCAUUUGCAUGAAGAAGUUACAGUGCUUUGAAGGCAGCGGCACCAGUAACUUGCGUCGGCACAUGUCAAAGAGACACCCGGAGGUGUUUUCUAGGUUAGUGGCCAACGGGCUUAACCCACCUCCAUCAUCACAGGGCUCAAAUGCUCAUGGUGACAAAUCAACCUCACCAGAGACUGCUGGGGCAACAGAGCAGAGACGGUUUACAGGUGCGCUGAAAGGUUCAAGAGCAUGUGAAGGAGAAAGGCGUGUGCUGAGAAGAGAACGGGAGCUGAUUGAAGCUCUGAGGCGAACACAGAAGGAGGAGGCUCGGGCUCUGGAGCAACAGAGGGAGCUGCUUGAGAAAUUGCAGGCAGCAGGUGCCAGAGAGGCAGCUGCAGAGAGGGAGACAAUUGAGUCACUAAGAAAAGCACAGGAGGAGGAAGCCAAAGAAUUAAGUAGACAGAGAGAAGAGCUACAGAAGGAAAAGGCUGAGCUGCAGAAAAAAACGGCAGAGCUACAGAAGAAAUGGGAAGAGCUUCAGCAGGAAAGAGAAGAACAUCUCUUGUUUUCCAGAGGACAGUAACCCAGUAAUUCUGUUACAACACAACAACAGGACUCAUGACAGGUUUCCUAUAAAUGCCUUUGGACUAUUUCAAAUAUGUAAAAACUCCUCUCUGGUUAAUAUGAGGGCUUGAGACCAUCAGUUACACACUGAUGGUCUACACUCUAUUUUUGAUCAUAGUACAUCAUGUUGUUACUGACCUAAAUUAAGCCUGAGACUUGGAUUGAGUCUUUUCAACACAGUCUUUUGAAAUAAAAUGCCAUUUUUGACAGUAUCACAUUUUCACUAUUUGACCUGGUUUAGGAUGUUUAGGACAGCAUAGCUGCUUCCAUUAGCACCUACUGUAUUUUUAGAGUAACUGGGAUAUUGUUUCUGGGAAUACAAAUGGCAAAUACUAUUUUGUUUGUUUCCAAAUUCAGUCAUACACCGAGUACCAAAAUUAAAAUUCUGUCUGUCUCCAGUGUAAAUACUAUUUUGUCCUAUCCUUGGAUUAUGAAUUGUCUUUUGUUUGAAGGAUAGGUUCAUGUGUUUUUCAGUCUGUCAAGGUAAUAGUCAGGUGCUCCCAUGGGCAUUGAGACAAGUUUUAUCUUGCUUUAAUU